UGAACAUUUUAGUUUACUUCAUCUGGGCCUACAAAACACAACAAAAAUAGCACUAACCUGUUUCAUAAUCUUAGUUGAUUGCAUUAAAAUGCCUUGCAUAUUCAAUCCUGGUUAUAUUGGACCCAAUCCGCCUUGCUGUGAUCCCGAGUGUACCGAAGCAGGCAACUGCAAUAAUCCCGAGUGUGGACCUUGUCCAGGACCGCGAGCACCUUGUGGUGGUUGUUCACCGCCCAUCGAUCCAGGGCAGGAAUGUGCUGUCACAAUGCCGCCGAAAGUUGUAGACGAAGUGGCAAAUGAUUGUGAAGCUUGUAGCAAUAAAGCUGAAUCUGCCAAUCCCUCAAAUCCUCCACCAACACAGCAAUAAACUGGAAACUUUAAAGCCCUAAA